AUGACCUGUCUUUCUUUCUUGUGUUGUGAAAGAUCAACUGCAAAACACCAUGAGCUUGAGCUCUCGGGAGUCACCAAUGUUAACCUUUACUCAUAUAAGGAGCUGAAAACCGCCACCGAUGAUUUCAGUCCGGCGAACAAAAUCGGCGAGGGAGGAUUUGGUUCCGUUUUUAAGGGCAAGCUUAGGAAUGGCCGGAUGGCCGCGGUUAAGGUCCUCUCGUCUGUGUCAAAACAAGGGUUACGAGAGUUCUUGACCGAAAUUCAAGUGAUUUCGGAUGUCAAUCACGAGAAUCUGGUGAAGCUUUACGGUUGUUGCGUGGAAGGCAACCAAAGAAUACUCGUCUACAACUAUCUCGAAAAUAGUAGCCUAGCUGAUAAGCUCGUCGGUGUACAAAACAGCAGCAGAGUUCAGUUUAACUGGCAGAUGCGCGCUAAAAUCUGCAUCGGGGUUGCAAGGGGGCUAGCGUACCUUCACGAGGAAGUGAGGCCACACAUCAUCCACCGAGACAUUAAAGCCAGCAAUAUUCUUCUCGACCGGGAUUUGAACCCUAAGAUCUCGGAUUUCGGCCUUGCCAAGCUCAUACAGCCCAACAUGAGUCAUAUCAGCACGCGUGUGGCCGGGACAAUAGGUUAUGUGGCUCCGGAAUAUGCAGUGAGAGGCCAAGUGACACGUAAAGCGGAUAUUUACAGCUAUGGCAUCCUUCUUCUUGAAAUCGUCAGCGGGAGGCGUAACACCAACAUGCGCUUACCGCCCGGCGAGCAAUCCAUUCUUGAACUCACAUGGAAUCUUUACGAGAAAAACGACUUACAGUCAAUGGUGGACCAGUCGCUGAACGGGGAUUUCGACAUAGAACAGGCUCGUGCAUUCUUGAAAAUCGGCCUCCUCUGCACUCAGGACGCCGCCAAACUCCGGCCCACCAUGUCCGCCGUUGUCCAAAUGCUAGGCGGCAAGAAAGACAUUGACGAGAAUGCGAUAACGAAGCCGAGCUCCGUUUCGGACUUCAUGGACAUCAGCAAAACAUCCUCGAGUUAUCACUCGUCCGGUUCGUGUACUAUGGUCAACAGUAUGUUGACUUUGCCGCCCUCUGAGGGUACCGUUACGUUUUCUCCCCGAUAG